CCUACAGUUAAAUUAAAAAAGUUAAUUUUUCCUUUUUUUUCGGGCCAAAAUAAGGGACCCAAUUAAAAUGGCGAUCAUUAAUUAUUCACGGGCCUAGAAAAAAAAUCAAUACAUAUGCAAUUAUGUACUAACGAUGUACAAUCACGCGCAUUAGUUAAUUUUUCGGGGUUACAACCCACCCCCUGUCGGCUGAGUGCUUCAUUACUUCACAACCAGAGUACAACUGGUGACGCUCCCACGCUGAGGUGGAGACACGUCCGCCAUACUCGGGUCAGUUAGCGAACGGUACAUUGCCACAGUGAGCUCAUUCACCCCCAGACGCUGCAUUUUUUAACCAAAAUAAUCAGGUGAAAAGUGUAAAAAACUCGCAGCGGUCAUUUGAGGUAUUUGACGCUCCAUUUUUGUGGCGAUGGGAGAUUCCGACGACGAGUACGACAGGAAGCGGAGGGAUAAAUUCAGAGGAGAAAGACCAGAGUCUUACUCCAGAGAGGGCAGAAGGGAUGACAGGCGACGUGACGAGUGGGCUGAAAGAGAAUGGUCCAGUAGAGCCAGAGCACGUCCUGACUACCGAGAGUAUCGCGGUGGUGGAGGAGGUGGCAGGGAAAGGUACAGUCCAGGGAGAUCCCAGGACAUGGGACCCCCGUUGAAGCGUAUGCGAUCGGAUUGGGAUGACCGGGGCUCAAGGUACCCACAUUCGGAUUACUACGGUGGUGGUGGUGGUGGUGGAGGUGGAGGUGGUGGCUCGUGGGGUCCAGACCACUAUCCCCCACCUCAUCACGCCAAUCAUCACUAUGGCAACCACAACAACAGCGGCGGCAGCGCAAGUCGAGAGGUAGCUGGCAACUUCAGUAAUUCCAACGUUGAAACCCAGCCCCCAAUGAUGACGUUCAAAUCCUUCCUGGUAACUCAGGAGGACACCAUAACCGACGAGGAGGCGAUAAAACGUUACAACGAGUACAAACUCGAGUUUCGUCGUCAGCAGCUGAACGAAUUCUUCGUGGCCCACAAGGACGAGGAGUGGUUCAAGAUUAAAUAUCACCCUGAAGAGUCUAUUAAGAGAAAGGAUGAACAGGUUUCAGCGUUGAAGAAACGUGUGGAAGUGUUUUUGGAGCUUUUGAACUCAGGACAAAUUGAGAAAGUUUCGAUUGAUUCCGAUCAGUCAGAUGUACUGCUACAUUUAUUGGAUUCAGUUGUCAUUAAACUUGAGGGAGGAACUGAAGAGGACUUGAAGAUCCUGGAUUCGAAGCCCCCGGUUCCGGUGGUGAAGGAGCUUGUGAGAAGGGAAAAGGAGAAGGAAAAGGAGAAAGAGAAGGAGAAGCAGAAAGAGGAGGUGAAGGAGAAGGAGGAGGAAAAAGAGAAGGAGAAGAUUGAGGAGAAAGAGGACGAGGAAAAGGAGGAGAAAAUGGAGACAAAUGAGGAUAAAGAGGACAGUGAAAAGAAGCCACUGGAGACAAUGGGCGACGAAGACACUCCAGUCCCAGACGAACAAAAUGGAGACGUCGAGAUGAAGCCUCCCUCUGAGCCGGCAGCUCCAGAGGACGCCCCAAAUCCGACCCCAGAGCCCUCAGAGACCUCCAAUACCCCCGAGGAGACGCCAGCCGAGCCCUCUGAGCUACCAAACCCUAAGAAACGCAAAAGAACAGACUCGAACUCCAGCUCAUCGUGGUCUUCGAGCAGUUCCUCCUCAGACAGUGAGAAACCAGAGACCCCAAAGGACUCCUCAAAGCCAGAAGCCGACGAAACAUCCGAGACCCCAGAGGAGGCCUCCAAAACCCUUGAGGAAGGCUCCAAACCUGAAAAUGCGGAGGAGCAAGAGGAGGGAGAGCCUGAUGAGGAUGAGAAGAAAGACGCUUCUUCUCCCACGAAGAAGGAGCCUGAACCGGAGGCGGUGAUUGAUCUGGCCUCCGAGGACAAGGAGAAGGAGCCCAGAGCCCUCCACAAGACCAGCAGCAUUUUCCUCAGGAAUUUAGCCCCCACGAUAACGAAAGCCGAAGUGGAGGCCAUGUGCAAGCGCUUCCCAGGCUUCCUCAGGGUGGCCAUUGCGGAUCCUCAGCCUGAACGCCGAUGGUUCCGGAGGGGCUGGGUGUCCUUUGAACGUCAGGUGAACAUAAAGGAAAUCUGCUGGAGCCUCAACAACAUCAGACUCCGUGACUGCGAGCUGGGGGCUAUCGUCAACCGAGACCUCAUCAGAAGAAUCAGAACAGUGAAUGGAAUAACAGCUCACAAGCAAGUUGUACGUUACGAUAUAAAACUGUCAGCGAAAAUUGUUCACAAUCUUGAUACGAGACUGGGCCUCUGGAGUGACGACAAGAAGGAGGAAGGGGUGAAGGAAAUCAAUGACAUGGAGCAAGCAGCGUUUGGACUGUCCUCCAAGAAUCCAGUUCUGAAGAACAUCACGGAUUAUCUGAUUGAGGAGGCAUCUGCUGAGGAGGAGGAGCUCUUGGGAAUGUCUGGGGACCAGGAGGAGGGACAAGUUGGUGAUGGUGAGGGGCCCAUUGAACGUGAUCCCACUCUCAUCAAGGUUCUCGAUCGAUUGAUACUUUAUUUGAGAAUAGUUCACUCGGUCGAUUACUACAAUCACUGCGAGUAUCCUAAUGAGGAUGAGAUGCCCAACAGAUGUGGAAUAAUGCACGUGAGGGGACCUCCACCAGCUGCCAAAGUGUCGUCUUCAGAGUUGAGUGAAUACAGUCGAAAUUUUGAGGGAAAAAUGUCGGCAUUCCUCGCACCAGUGGCAACAGUACCCACUGAUGAUUUCGAGAAACUUGGGGCUAAGGAUGCCGAGGCGGAAGUCGAGAAAUUCGUUCAGGCGAAUACUCAAGAGUUGUCGAAGGGCAAGUGGUUGUGUCCGCUCAGUGGGAAGAAAUUCAAGGGCCCGGACUUCAUAAGAAAACAUAUAUUCAAUAAACAUGCGGAAAAGGUAGCUGAGGUGAAGGCCGAGGCUGAGUACUUCAAUAAUUAUCUCAAGGACCCCAAGAGACCAAUUUUACCAGAACAUCCGGGAAAUAAGGCGCCCGUUAGGGAGACACCCAGAGAGAACUUUCCACAUUAUGGAGGGAUGGGAGGAUUCGGUGGAUUUGGUGGUGGAAACUUUGGUGGCUCACGAGGAGGCUUUGGAGGUGGUUAUGGCGGUGGUUUCGGAGGAGGAUUCGGAAUGCCACGUCCCGCCCGAGGUGGAUUCAACCGAGGACGGGCUGCUCCGGAAUCUACAUCGAGACCAAUUGUUAGUUAUAAUGACCUGGACCAUUUAGACGACGAUAUAUUCUAAUUUUUGUCACAAGAAAAAAUUUCUGGAUUUAGUUAACAAAUUGUUACGUAUUAUCGGUAUUAUGGAGGCACCAGUCGCAGUUACCAAAUAUUUAAAUCAAUGAUCCUAAUCAUUUGUUCGGUAAUUGCAAGAACUUAUUGGUCUUUUUUCCUUUUAUUUUUCAAUUCUCAUUCAAAGUGCAUUUAUGUUUUAUACAGGAUUAAUUAAUGUUAUGCAAGCACAGGUGCCUCAAUGAUAAAUACGUACAGAAAAAAUUAUAAAGAAAAUGAAAAACUAAUUGUAAAUAUUUGAAACUGUUUUCAAAAACCAUCAGGAAUAUGUUGACAAAAUACUGUUGUAGACAAUGAUAAAAUGAAUAUCAAAUUAAAAGGCCAUGAACUGUCGCGUUAAGCAAGCCCAUGUAUUUUGUUGUAAUGAAUUUGUCAAUUAAUUUUAUUAAAGGAUAAGAAAUAUCCCAUCCACACCUGUUUCACCUGGAAAUUAACGAAAUAAUGACGCAAUAAAAUCAUAAUUAAAUCACAA